AUGGACGACGAGUACCUCCGAUCCGCCAUAGAUUACCUGGAAGAUCCAAACAAUCCGGAAGGCAUCAUACAAGUUCCGGCCGACUGCCGGUCGCCGAACCUGUGGGUGGUGAGCUGGAUGCGGCUUCCAUCAAAAACUGCAGAUUUCGGAUGGGGCAGUUCGACUCUGUUUCACGUGGCGGAUAUCAGCGAAGGAUUGGCGAUUCUCUUGCCGAGAAAUCCUGCCGACGGGAGCCUGUCGCUGGCGAUUUGCUUGGAAAGUGACGUGAUGCAGGGUUUCAAGAGGUUGUUCUACGUGUCUGGAAAGAGCUCGUUGCUGCCUUUCAAUGGUCGCUGCCUUGCGCUGAUUCCUGAUCGUUCAAAAUAG